AUGGACGGAGAUCGACGGAUGCCGGCGGUCGCGGCCGCGGCCGCGGCCGCAUCGACGGCAUCGGUGCUUGACGACGACGACCUCCUCCGCGAGAUCCUCCUCCGCCUCGGCUUCCCCACCUGCCUCGUCCGCGCCGCCCUCGUCUCCAAGCGGUGGCUCCUCCACGCCUCCGACCCGGCCUUCCUUCGCCGAUUCCGCGAGCGCAACCCGCCCCGCCUCCUCGACUUCUGCCUCGGCUUCUCCGGCAGGUACCGGUUCGUGCCGUUCCCGCCGCAGCCCCCGGAGCUCGCCGCUCCCAUUCGCCGGGCGACUUCCUCCUGCGCCGCCGCCUUCGCCCGCAGAAUCCUGCCAAUCAAGCACUGCCGGAACGGCCGCCUCAUCAUAGAGUUCUUCAACAAAGGCAGAUUCGAUUACUCCCUCGCUCCGCUGCUCGCCGGGGAGGCCGCGGCCGUCCUCCCGACGACCCCGCUACCCCACCUUGACUGGGACACCACUCAAGAUAGAUUCGUUGAGAUGUUCUUGCCCGAGGAUGGGGGCCGCAACGGCAUCACCUUGCUGUAUCUCUGGGCGGUCCGGCGAAAAGUGUACGCCGAGUUGUACGUCCUGGGAUCCGGCGGAUGGGGCGUCCCUGCCACCGCGGCAGAGAUUGAGCUCUCGUUUGACGCAGACUUCCUUGAAAUUCUACCACCCAUCCAUGGCAAGGUCUUCGUGGUGACCGACUCUCGGUACGCCCUGGGUUUAGAUUUGGCAGCGGCGAGCUUCUUCACCCUUGAGUUCCCAGUUGGAGUGCGCCACAAUUACAACCUCUCAUGUGCGGAGGAUUCCGGGCUCUAUCUUGUCAGUGCAGACGGGUUUCAGCUCAGUGUGUGGCUCCAUCCGAUGUCGGGCGAUGGCAAUGGUGCAGGCUGGCUGCUGGUGGACACAUUUUGUGUCCGUGAGGCUGAGGCUUGUGCACGUCUUGUAAGGGACCGUUGGAUCCCUCCCGGUAAUUAUCUUGAUGUUGCUGCGGUCGGGGACAAUGCCGAAUUUGUGUUCUUGGAUCAUACAGCAAGUGGCACUCUCUUUUAUGUUCAUCUGAGGAGCAGGGUAGUUGAGAAAGUCCAUCAGAGGGUGCCAGAAAAAUGCUAUGAACCUCCCCAAAUAGCUCUCUCUCCCACUGUGAUGAUCUGGCCGCCAAUUUUCCCUGCACGAGAGGUAGGACAUGAUCAAGAGGAAUGA